AUGGCGUCCGAAGCUAACCAGAGGUGCUGGAAUGAGGCAAUCGAGUCCUUCUUAAAAGAGUCGGCCAAGGAUCCUGGCAAACGCCGUCUUGUUCGCGAUUCUCACGCCUGCACACCGGACAAUCUCGUGAUGACGGUGCAGCAUCAGCUGACAAGUCGGAUGACUGUUGGGACGUGGAAUGCAAGGCUGCGCCGAUUUAUCGAUGUAAUGACUCCCUACUGUGCCGCUGUUGAUGCCAUUGUUCAACAUGAGCCGCAUAAUACUGCCCUGGUCUGGGGCUCGAUAAGAGUUAUCAUUCAGGUCAUCGUCGCGCAGCAAGAGACUUCCGAAGAGAUCAACGACGCCUUCGAAUUUAUAAAAUAUCAGAUCGAUAAUUACCACAAAUAUCUCGAUCUGUUCCCAGACGAGCUUUUCGAGGUCACAAAGCUGAUUUAUACCCGCACUUUUGAGUAUAUCUUGCGAGUAUGUGCGUGGGUGGAGCUUCGUCCAGCUGCUCGAUUCCUGAGAGCGGCCUUCAGCUCCUUCCGACAGAGACUCACAAAAAUUCGUCAUUCGAUCAGGGAAUGGGAACGCAUCCAACGGCAGAUUUAUGAGGUUGCAUUAGAGACACAGAAUAGGGAGAGCCAGGCAGUAAUGGAGCGAGCCACGAAAAAAGUAAACGAUCAGUACGUCUUCAUCCACUUUUUCCGCAACCAUGGGGACUCGCGAUUGGGGCUGGCGUCCAACUUCGCUUUGUCUCUGAUCUCCAAGGCCCUGGGAAUGGCCGAUAUUAUCGAUAACCCGGGGGCUGAAAACGUAAUAGCCGGUAUCACUCCGCUUAUGAACAUGCCAUCGAGUAAAUGCCAACUGCAGCAGCUCUUGUCAAUCCUGGAUCAGUUGCUAGACCUGCUGCCUACAGUCACUCUGCUCGUUGAUGCACUGGAUGAAUGUUGCGAUAUCCAGGGUCCAGGCGGGGAUCUCAUCUCAGACUUUCUCCGUCGCGCCGGUACGCGGACGGACCGUCGGGUAAUCUUGUUCUGUCGCAGUCAUCAUUAUGCCUUCACCGGAUCGCUGGGAACCGGCUAUGAUAUAAUUAUGGAUGAAAAUGCCAUCUCGGGGGACAUUCGCGCCUUCAUAACGACGGAAAUCGGGAAGGCCGGGCUCGGGUCUCUACGGGAGAUGGUCUUGCAGAAAGCCACAAAGGAGAGUCAAGGAAUGUUUCUCUGGGCUAGGCUGAUGAUCCAACAUGUCGCAGCAGGGCGUAACCUCAAAGCAUGCAGGAGAUUGGUUGACGAGUUUCCUCCAGCGCUGUUCCAUGUUUACGAGAGAGCACUCGCGCAGUCGGCAGAAAGCUUCAGCGCAGACGACCACGACCUGCGGUAUGAUGUCCUCCUCUUUCUGCUUGGAGCCCAGGAGAAUCCCACAGCUGCCGAGAUUUCCACGGCUCUGGCGCUCUCCCCCGACACGCAUCAGCUCGACAGUGAAUUGAAACUGAUCGAUGCGGAGACACGGAUUGCUCGAGUAUGUUGGCCACUGAUUGAGUUCACUUCCGAUCGCCGGAUCCAGUUCAUCCACGGGACAGUGAAUGAAUUCUUGCUCUCAGGCCAGUAUCGCCCUCGUCGGCCCCAGGUGGACCAUGCUCCCUUCCCGCUCUCUUUGGAAGACUCCCACCAAGCACUGGCACGUCGGACCUUGCAGUGUUUGUCCCAAAAGCCGUAUCAGACUUGGCAGCAUUCCGCGAGACUGCUCCAUAAACACCUCUUACCACAAGAGCUCGAGGCCAUGAUGGAGACGGACAGCACUGUCAACGAGCCAAAUGACUUCUAUGAGUAUUCUUGCCGUCACUGGCAGGAUCACCUUACGCAACUGGCCGAACCAGGCCCCAUUAUCCUCGAGCUGCUGUCCAAAUUCCUCAGGGAAAACGCGUUCGUCGCGUGGUCUGAGGCGAUGGCCGAUUUGCUGAAAUUGAGCACCCCAACUGCUCAGGUCUCUGUGCGCGCGACGCUCCAACAAUGGCACUCGGCGAAGCUGAAGCCUAUUCUGAGACCUAGUGUUCCCUUGGAAGACUACUUUUUAGUGGCUCACCAAGGGCUGAGAGAUGAGCUGGAAAAACGGGCGCGCAGCGCUAUACUACCUUAUCUCCCAUUAGUUCGUCUCGGCGAUUUUUACAACGUAGGGGGGGAAACUAUUGCGGAGUGGGAGUUAGGGUACAAAUUCAAGAAGGAGGUGGUUGCUGGAUACGAAACCGUUCUAGGCAAACGCAAUCGGUUUACUCUUAGUGCAAGGACAAGUAUGUAUCAGGAAUACCUCUGGAAGAUGCAAAUGGACGAAGCCAGAGAAGGUCUACAGGACGUCGCAAAGCUGCAACUUGAGUCGGUGGGAACAGAGCUUCCGGACUACUAUAUCACCCUCUACUAUCUGGGUGCGGUCGAGUUCCACCUUACCCUGUUCGAGGCCGCCCGUCAAACACUAGAAACAUCUGCCAACGGUCUCAAACGACUCUUAGGUGAGGUCAACUCGAAGGCAAUCCAGGCAGAGCUUUUCAUUGGAUAUGCGCUAGAGGCACAGGGGCACUUGGGUUCGGCUGCUACUCUUUACAACGACAUCUGGCAUAAGUGGACAGCCAUUGCCGGCAAAACCAAUGGAAUUGCCCUGAUGACACAAACAGCCCAGGGUUCCGCCUACAGAAAGCAGGGGCAGUUUGAUGAGGCGAAAGAUUUGCUUGAACGUUCCUGGACGGAGAGGAAGCUCUUGUUUACAAUUGGGAAUAAUGUAACUGUGGAUUCGGGCAUUCAGCUGGCCAUCCUAUGGCGGGACUUGGGAGACAAUGCAAGCGCCAUUGAUACCAUUGGCGAGGUAGUAACGUCGGGCAUAUUUCCAGGUGACUUUGAACGUGCUUGUCAGCUUGAUCAUCUUCGUGCUCUGAUAGAUUUCGACAGCGGCCGCUACUUGGAUGGUAAAUGCCGCUUGCUGCGUCGCUUGGGCCAAGCAGGUAACGGCGACCAGCAUCACAAUAACCGAGAGCUUUUGUGGAUCCGUAUCACCCUCGCUGAUGUUAUGCGGAGUCAUGGAGAAGGUGACGAUACUCUGAUAUUGUUCUCUGACCUAGUCACGCCGUUGUCGUUGCCAGAUGAGCUAGACGAUGAGCCCGAACCUCCCCAGCAGCUGGAACUUGCAGAGAAGGCCCUCCGAUACUUAAAGUCAUACAACCAGGCAGCAGCAACGAAACUCCUCCAAAGUCAUGGGCUCAAAUGGAGGCGACCCAGAGACUUCUGGAUUCUUCAAGGGGGACCGAUUGCGGAUACCGCACGGAUGGCGCCCCCUCGGAAUGCGCCAGUCGGAGAUCUAGGAAGCGGGAUAUACGUCAAAGUUUCGAGCUUUUGA